AUGAAUUACCAUCUCAACCCCCAGGAGCAACAGCAGCAGCCACAGCAGCACCAGCAGCAACAGCCGCCGCAGCACCUGCAGAUCCCGUCGCCGGCGGGCGAAGCCAGGCACGACGACGAUGCCCCUCUGGCAGAGUUCCUUGCUUCCCUCAUGGACUACACCCCCACCGUGAGUAGUAAAUUUAUACGGGCCUCCAUGUUCUGCCCUCUUCCUUUUGUUUAUUUUUCGCGCGCAUAUUGGUUAAUUAUGAUCCGUCGCCGGGUUCUGCAGAUACCCGACGAAUUGGUGGAGCACUACCUUUCGAGGAGCGGUUUCCAGUGCCCCGACCUGAGACUGUAGACGCUUCCUUCCUCUUAUCAUCUUUCUGUUUCAAUCUAUUCCACCAUUACACUCGUGGAUCUAUAUUUGAAAUUUUGUGCUUAUAUGUCGAUGUGUUUAGAGCUAUCAUGCCGUAAUAAAAUCGAAUUCAGUUUUUCUUAAUAUUGAUUUUGUUAAUUGAAAAGAGUUUUUCACUGACUUACGCUUGAUCGUUUCCAUUUUUUGUUUGUCUUUUAACUGGGAAGAGAAAUGAAGCUCAGCAUCAGUCUUACAGUAUAUAUCUCUGAUGAAAUCAUCAAUGGCGGAUAUUUCAGGUGAAGAGGAAGAAGAAAGAAAAGAGUUUAGUGUCUGAAGAUUGGGGAGGGGGAUUAUUGACGACCUUGGUCAUUCACUGGAGGGGUAGGAUGUGGCACGGGAACAAGGUUUGAAACUAGGAGGAAUGGCGGGGCACAGUCUGCAUUCUUCUGUCUUCAAUAGUCUAUCCCACUUCUGCUUUGGUUCUUGUGCCAGAAGAAAAUUUUAUGUCUAUUGACUUGGACUUUUAUGUUAGUCAAAUUCCUCAAAGAGUUGCAUCCCUUUCAAGAACAAAUGCUUUUGAAGAGCUUUAUGUUCCUAAGCUCCCUCUGUAUCCCACAUAAUAACUCCUGGCUUCACUCAUCUAUUAGAAGUUCACACCCUCUCUUCCACCAACAAGACUGCCAUCAUAUCCAUUUGAGCACACCGUAUUCUUUCCCUGGAGGGCAACCACUGCUUCAUCACCUGCUUUUCGUUCUAUUUACUGUGUGAUUUCCCUCCUUUGUAUGGCAGGAGUGUCAUAACGGUGCCUGGGCUCACCUCUAGAAGUGAGGCCUAGGAUUCAACUCAUAUGAAUACCCAAAAAGAUCUGAUAUGCCUCUGUGGACGAACCCAGGUGCCUCCAUGGAUUUAUCAGCAAAAAUUAGGCUCCCUUGUCAUAAAAAAUGUCAUGGCGGUAUUAAGCCUUCAAGGAAAUGUCUCUCUCUUUGAUGCUGUGGCAACGGCACUAUGCCCAUGGACUGUUAUGGAUGUCAUAAGGGAAGAAGGUGCUUUGUCUAGAUGCCAUGCUUGUGUUCCUCCUUUCUUCCUUUGCUCAAGCAUGGGACUGUGCCACGAGUAGGAAUGAAAGCCCAGAUGCCUGCGAUUUCAGCGAGUAGAUUUGGUGGAUGAUGAUGCCGUUAUAUUUUACUCCUCUUUGAAGGAAUCUAUUCAGAGGAUUAUGAAUACCCAGAAUAGAUCACAUGGUUUUCCACUGAUUCUGGCUAGAAACACACGAUGGAGAAGUUUUGACUCACCCAUGAAGGAGCUCAUGGAAGGAAAAUGAAAUCAAGAAGGUUAUUCCAUCACUGGAAGUUAUUUAAUGGACAUCUAUGACUGAUGUCGUCUUGGGUAGAACUACAGCAUCUUCUUCAGCCACCUGAGGACUAAGUGUUGACAUCUACCACACCAGGUUAAGGCCAAAAGAUGUAGGUGGGCAUAAAGAAGGAAAAGGAGAAGGGUCAACACCUGUGUAGAAAGAAAGAGGAAACUGCACGGGUUGAGAACUGAAUAAGGAAGGUAAUCCCAUUUCUGGAAGUUAUUUUUCAGACAGCGAAACAAUGGUUGAUGCUGUCAUGAUUAGGGCUGAGGUGCCGAUACCUGCCCAGCAAAAAAACGAAAAUGCAAGGGCCAAGAACUAAACAAGGAAGGGUUAUUACUUUCUGCAAGUUAUCAUACAUAUAACUUUGAUUGCUGUUCUCAUGCUCAGAACUAAAGUAUCUUCUCCAGCCACAGAUAUUUGAAUCUUUAUUUAAUUUAUGUCGGUCAUUUUUAAAUUAUAAAAUAUCACUUUUAAUUUUUUUUCCUGUAGAUGUACCCUUUUGGAGAUUUCUGCAUUUUUUUCUGGGUCGCCGUGCAAAGUAUUCCUUCACCUCUUUUGUAAUGUUCAUUCUUUAUUUUUGACAGGACGAGACUGGUAGCUGUAGCAGCACAGAAGUUUAUUGCAGAGGUUGCGAGUGAUGCUCUUCAGUAGGUCUCCAUCCAUAAUAUGAUUCUGUUCGCUCUAAAAAUCAUGCGAAAAAGCCUUCAAGUCUUAUGGCCAUGUUACAUGACCAUGCACCCUUUUUCCAAUGAAGGAAGAAAAAUACAAUCAACAUAAAUGGAUUGCAGCUCUAAGAUCGAUUAUUAUCUUGAAAAUUUUGAUGAAAAUGUUUCCCACCUCGAAUUCUGUCAUUUUAGUGUCCAGGUUGGGACAUUAGAAUCAUACACUGCAAGCAGUACUGAUCUAAAUAUCUAUCACAAAAAGCUUUCCUGUCAUCUAAACCUGUCAUUGUUCACCCAUGAAUGGGGCCAUCCUAAAUAGUCAAUUCGGCAUUAUAAUAAUUUUCAGGGAAAGUCCUCCAAGUUGGGUUGUAGAAAUAACCCACCUGUUCAAAUCUGUCACAUUAGCCUUCAAGUUGGGUAUCCAUCACCUCUAGUUUGCUUCUCUAGUAAUCCUAUCAAUAGUCAACCCAUGAAAGGAGCUAUUAAUUAUAAUUAUUCUUAUGGGGAGAUCUCUCCUUGUACCAAGAUACAGAACGUUCCCAUUCAUGUCAAACCCCAUGAAUAUAAGGCCCUGUUUUCCUGCUUAAAGCUUUUUUUCUUGAUCACUUUUGGAUAUUGCAGGCAUUGUAAGGCAAGGCAGUCGACCAUAAUCAAAGAUAAGCGAGACAAACAACAAAAGGUACAAAAAAUUAUGAACUCCUUGGCACUUUUCUUUUUUGAUUUGCAGAUUAAUAUGAUCUCAAUUGUGCAGGAAAAGCGAUUGGUCUUGACCAUGGACGAUCUCUCCAAAGCUCUGCGAGAGGUAAGCUGCGCUUCCCACUAUUUUCUUUGAUAAAGUUGUGGUGUAGGGUUUCAUUCUUCAGAUGUUUGAUGAAAUAAAAUAAGAUAAAAGUUGUGUAUGUAAUGCAGAGCACAAUACUAAAGAGAAAUCCUUUACCCUAAAUUUAUGAAAUAAAAUAAGAUAAAAGAUGGUGGAUGAUCAAUGAUGGUCUCUGGGUAAAUAAAAUUGUUCAUGACUUCUGGGAACUAUUAGAUUCUCUCUCUCUCUCUCUCUCUCUCUCUCUCUCUCUCUCUCUCUCUCUCUCUCUCUCUCUCUCUCCAGGUAUAUAAAUAACUGCCCAUAAAAUUGUCUUCUGGGUUACUUGGCACCUAAUAUUCUUAAUUUUUUUUCAUGUUUUCAGCAAUAUAUUUUAACUUGAUAAUCUCAGUUCAUACCCCAAGGCUAAUGUCCAGAACCAGCAUAGAUAUAAUUCACAGGGACAAGACUAAUAGUGGAAUCCUUGCCCUUACCGAAUCAAUUUCUUGCUCUUCUUAGGGGAAGGCAUGGCCCCCACUUCGAGGCAAAUACCUACCAACGCCAUACCUUCUGAUAGAUAGAUAGCGUAGAGAGAUAGAGAGAGAGAAAGAGCAUUUUAUUUAAUUCAAUGGAAGAUGAUGUUGUUUAGAAAACUACAAGCCUUAACAUCCAAGAUGCCAUCUUUAGAGUAAGAAACUCUACAGAGGAAUGGUUUGUUGCUCCCAACAAUGGAUAUGUUAACCUCCCUUUGGACACUGUGGGCCUAUGCCUGGUUAUUUUCCUGACUUGGCUUCUCUCCCUUGCCUAUUUGGGAUCCAUACGGGUAGCCAUUGGCUUCUCUCCCUUUUAGCCAUGUUCUUGAGCUCCAUUCUUAGGAAUAGAGGCUUGACCAGGCUGGGCCAACUCCAGUCCAUUAACAUCCCUGAUCAUAAUUUCUGCCAUGUUUAGCUGAAGGCUAUUAUUUAUGAUAGUUUACAUUGAUUUCACAUAAAAUCCAGUCCAUGUGCCUAAUUUCAUACAAGCUUCUGUUGAUUAUUUUGGUUUGUAAUCUACUUUUUCAGCCGAUUAUUUUUCAUCAGGACUUAAUACUUGUGAUUAUGUUGAAAUAGUACGGCGUGAACAUGAAGCACCAAGAGUAUUUCGCCGACAACCCUUCAACUGGGCCGGAUGCGGCGUCAAGGGAGGAGUGA